AUGUGCGCCUCAUUGUGAUCCCUAUAAAAUCCUCUCUCUCUCGUACUCUUCUCAACACUCACUCUCUUUCAAACUUGAAGAUUCUCCUUUUCAAAUAGCAACCUUUUUCCAUAAACCCUUGUUGUUACCCUUUCUCUCUUCGAUCUCUUAAUCGUGUUGCUGUUCAUGGGAUUUCUCUGAUUCAAGAACACCGGAUUCGUCUUUUGUUUCCUUCUCUGCUGUUCUGCUGUUUUACCAUGGAGUUGAUUUCAGGUCUACCAGAGGACGUUGCCCGAGACUGUUUAAUUAGGGUUCCAUACGAGAAAUUCGCGGCGGUGGCAUCCGUCUGCAAGGGUUGGAACUCGGAGAUUUACUCGCCGGAGUUUCACCGUAGGAGGAGAACCACAAAACACGCACAAAAAAUCCUUGUCACGGUUCAAUCCAAGAUAGACUCCGAAAAAACCCGAACCGGCUUGCUUGCGAAGGCCUCUGCGAAUCCGGUUUACCGGCUGAGCGUGUUCGAACCGGAGGCGGGUCUAUGGAGCGAGUUGCCCUUGGGACCCGAACUCGCUUCCGGGUUACCCAUGUUCUGUCAGAUUGCGGGUGUCGGGUACGAGCUUGUCGUUUUGGGCGGGUGGGACCCAGAUUCGUGGAAAGCGUCGAAUUCGGUUUUUAUCUACAACUUUCUGUCAGCCAAGUGGCGGCGUGGGGCCGACAUGCCGGGUGGGCCCCGAACGUUUUUCGCGUGCGCGUCGGAUCAAAAUCAGACGGUGUACGUAGCGGGCGGGCACGACGAGGAGAAGAACGCGCUGAGAUCAGCGCUUGCGUAUGACGUAGCGAACGACGUGUGGGUCCCGCUCCCGGACAUGUCCCGCGAGCGCGACGAGUGCAAGGCCGUGUUCCGCCGCGGCGCGCUCUGCGUCGUGGGUGGCUACUGCACGGAGAUGCAGGGGCGGUUCGAGCGGAGCGCGGAGGUUUUCGACGUGGCCACUAGGAAGUGGGGCCAGGUGGAGGAGGAGUUCUUGGAUGCGGCCGCGUGUCCUCGAACAUGCGUAGACGGAGGGGAUGGUGCUGAGGGGGAAAUGUACAUGUGCCGCGGCGGUGACGUGGUGGUGUUGCAGGGAGACACGUGGCGGAGGGUUGCGAAGGUACCGAGUGAGAUUCGGAAUGUUGCUUGCGUGGGAGUGUGGGAAGAGAGCAUGUAUGUUAUUGGGUCGAGUGGGUUUGGGGAACCGCAUAUGGGCUUUGUUUUGGAUCUGAAGAAUGGGGCUUGGGCCAAAGUGGUGAGCCCGGAGGAGUACACUGGGAACUUGCAAUGUAGUUGUAUGUUGGAAAUCUAGUAGUUGAGUUUUUGAUUGGGCCGAGUUCAUGUAAAUACUAUAUGAAGCAACAUUUUUGUUUUCUUUAGUUGCUUUGCCUUCUACUCAAAAGCUUCAUCAUUUUAGUUAAAGUUAAGCUUUUAUGGAGUUGUAUUGUACAUUUAUGGAGUGUUCAAUCGCACACUCUUGCCUUUCAAAUCUCAGAAUGAAAUCGCCAUGUUUUCUAAA